AUGCUGGCAAUGCUGGCAAUGCUGGCGGCGGCCGCAAACACCACCAGCCCACUCCCGACAACGUCGCCAGUGACUGGAGUGCCAUCCACAACGGCGCCUUUAGCAGCAACCAGCAGCGCAGUACCAACGUCCACAGCCAAUAUUGCCGCGACGACCACCGUCCCGCCGACCGCGACCGUGACUGUCGUGACGGACCCCAACGCGACGCUCCACACAACGCUAACCUUUACGCUCGGCGCGAUCUGCGGCAUUCUCCUCGUCGUCAUCGUCCUUUUCUUCGUCAAGCGCAAGCGUGAGCGCCGACAAGGAGCGCUUGGCCAUGACAGCCAUCGACUCUCGCCAAGUUUUCUCUCGGUCGAAACGCCGCUGCCCGCGCGAUCGUCGUAUAAGUCGACGGUCUCGACACCCAAGGUCGCCGUGCUAGGGCCCAGCGCCGACGAAUUCGACAUGGACGUCGCCGCGCAAUUCGAGGCGCACCCGCGGGACUUGGAUCUCCACGAGAUCGACAGCCCGUAUGUGUCGGACUCGUCGAGUGGGAGGCGGAGCUCGUCCGACCUCGGGUCCAUGGACUCGACGCGUUUCGAGGAAAUGGUGCGCAUGAAGAUCAACCUUUUCUAA